CACGAACGCAGGCGAACGCAAAACGCUCGUCUCCCAAACUUGAAAUAAACUUUUAAAAAGUUUCUAAAGUGCAGUGGCUGUGGAUUAAAGUGGAUAAACAUGAAGGGGAACACGGCACGGAUUAAUGAGGGCAAGCAUCGCAGUUGUUUUCUGCUGAUAGCAGUUGUUAUGGCAUUCUCUACCUAUAUUGAACAGGUGGUAAGCCUCCCUGCCGAUACGUCCAAUCCAUGGCCGACAUUCUCCCGACGAAAUAUAGCAGCUUUGGCCAGAGACGGGUACUUGAAGAGUGGGCCGAACAGUUUCAAGCGGAGCAUCUCAACUCUUGCUAAGAACGGACAGCUACCGACGUUCAGGUCGCCAUACGAUGAAACUGACAAGCAAGAGCAAGAUGAGGACGAGUCCCAUGAGAAAAGGCACAUAGCAUCUAUAGCACGAAUGCGAAGCUACGCCGUUGCAAAGAGAAAUAUCCAAGCUCUGGCUAGGGAUGGGUACCGCGGUGGCAGGGGCCAGUACAACCAACAGAAUGACAAACGAAACAUACAAUCCUUGGCCCGUAGCGGUAUGAUUCACAAGAGGGAUGAAAUUGGUGGAGAUGAAUAUUAUUACCCCUUCUAUCAGAACCCGAUUCCACCACUAUCAGAGAUCGACGGACCAUUUGACUACAAUGAGCUGUACGACUUGCAACAAUCUAUAAACCCAGACAUGUUUCCUCCACUAUCCCAAGUCUACAAGCGGAGCGUGGUGGACGAUCCUUUAUCUCAUGACUAUGGCAAUGUCAUUGAAAAUAACUGGUAUUUUAAGAGGGGCUCCAUGGGCUUACCAGCCCAUGGCCUCUACAGACCGAUGUACGCGGAACCGAACUCCAGGGCCAAGAGAUACAUUAUGUCAAUGCCAGACGUCAUCGACCGCAAUGACAUCCACGAGCCUGAGAACACUGACAACGCGAAUGAAGACAAGCGGUCUGUGGGAAGCAUUCCUCUGACGAGAAUUUCGGAAUUAGGGAAUAUAUCGCUAGUGCCGAAGCUGAGUCAGCAGUCGAUCCAGACGACACCGACAUACCGCCGGCGGCAGUAUCUCCUCACUCGCACCCGACCGGACGGAUCCUCCACCGACCGCUGAACAACGACCUCCCCGCCGCCGCCCCGCCGAUGCCGUCACCCCCCCUGCCACCCCCCAACUAUAUCGAAGCAAUCGCCAAAAACCGUUGGCAAUCGAACACCAAAGAGAUUCCUAAGUUCUAUUACUUUCGCUCGCUAAAGGUCCCGUACCACACGUCCGGCAAGCGGUAUCUGUUGAUUCCGGCUGUGGAUAACAUUUUGCUGCGGAAAACGUACCGCAACAGCAGCCUGCCGAGCCGGCGUAAGAAUCAGUAGCUGUGCCGGUGUCCGCUGGGAGACGCCCGGCAGCUCAGCGCCCGCCACACCGGAUACGACGGGGCUCCACUCUAAGUGACGUCACCACAUUUGCGCUUUACUCACAAUCUCCUCGUCCAAUCAAAUGUACCUACUACGAUGACCAAUGGCUUUACUUGAUGACUCUAUUUUAUUUAGUUUAGAAGCGGGGAACACCGAUAACAUAGCAAAUAGACAAUAAUCAGAAAAACAUAACAAUUCUUAUAUCGAUGUUAAAUGUUGUGACUUUACGAUAAUUUAUCUUAGUACGUUAUAAUAUAGGUUAAUAUAAUAUACUACGAGUUUAAUCGAUCUCAUUUUUAUAAAAACGACUUUGGCCAGUUUAUAACAGACAUUGAUAUCUACUUUAAAUAUUUUGUUGUCAAUCGCAAAUACUAAGUAUAGGUAUAUUCUAAAAUUAUAACUAUAUACUCUUUAUAUCCUUAACUAGUUUUGCUGCUGAAGCAAAUUAAAAUUCUACCGCUCAAAAUAUCUACCUAUAUAUAUGCGAAAAUUGUGAUACCUUAUAUAUUUAUUGAUUUCGUAUUCAAAAUGUCUAAUGAAGUUUUACUAAAGUCUCUUUAUUGACUAGCGUUAGCUGUGUUUGACAAAUAAAUCGUUCGAAAUUUCUAAAAUAUUGCAUUGGAACUAUUUUAGUGAGCUUUAAUAUGAAAGGAUCAAUGUAUUCUAUCAAAUUAUAUAAUAUAUAUUAGCUAUGUUUUAAAUGAAACGAUCAUUUGAAUUGUUAGGACAAUAAUGG